UCGCUGGCGCUGGGAGGCAUCAGAGCCACUGCUCAGCCCAAGUGUCGCCGCCGCUUCCACAGGGCUCUGACUGGACGCCGCCGCCGCCACUGCCUCGGAUCCAGGCCACCUCCCGCUAGGUGAGCCCCGAGAUUCUAGCUUAGAGAGGUGUCAUGGGCUUCCAAAAGUUCUCCCCCUUCUUGGCUCUCGGCAUCUUGGUGCUGUUCCAGGCAGGCAGCCUCCAGGCAGCACCAUUCAGGUCCACCCUGGAGAGAAGCCCAGACCUAGCCACACUCAGUGAGGAGAAAGGGCGCCUCCUGCUGGCUGCACUGCAGGACUAUGUGCAGAUGAAGACCAGUGAGCUGGAGCAGGAGCAGGAGCAGGAGCAGGAGCAGGAGACAAAGGGCUCCAGUCCCAGAUCUAAGCGGUGCAGUAGGCUGAGUACUUGCAUGCUGAGCACAUACUCGCAGGACUUCAGCAAGUUUCACACGUUCCCCAAAACUGCAGUUGGGGCUGGAGCACCUGGCAAGAAAAGGGAUGUGUACAACAGCUUGGAGAGAGACCAUCACCCUCACGUUGGCAUGCCCCAGGAUCCCAACUAAACCCCUCCCUCUCCUUUCUAAUUUUCCUUCUUGCUUCCUUCCUAUAACUUGAUGCAUGUGGUUUGGUUCCUCUCUGGUGGCUCUUUGGGCUGGUAGUAGUGGCUUUCCUUGAGGUAGAGGAUGUCUCGAACUUCAGAUGGGAGGAAAGAAAGCAGGACUCACAGGCUGGAAGAGAAUCACCCAGGAAAACAUCAGAAAAUGAGGGCUGCUUUGAGUCCCCCAGAGAUUUCAUGAGAGCUCCUCUGUCCUGCUUCUGAAUGUGCUAAUCAUUUAAGGAAUAAAAUGAUUUUUCCAAAAAGA